AUGGCAGGGGCCGAGCUCUCUGUCGUGCCCAAGCAGUUCACCCAAAUCAAAGAACCCGAGCUGAUGCUAGAAAAAGUCCUGGAGGAGGAGCAGAAAGAAGAUGGGGUGUGCAGAGUGAAGGGUCACCCAGGCUCUGCAGAGCUGGAGGCUGGGAGCACCCAUGGGGCCCUCCAGGCCAACAUCCAGGAGGAGGAGCUGGAGCUGGUGCUGGCCACCCCCGAGGACAACGAGAAGCACAUCGUGACCCUGCAAUCGGUGCACUUCACCUCGGAAGAUGGGGCGCUGCAGGAGCUCGGCUGGCUGGAGGAGGGGCAGGUGGGGGUGCAGCCGGCCGGGAGUGGGCUGCCGUCGCUGGUGUGGCUUGGCGAGGGGUCCCAGCAGAGCCUGCACCAGUGUGUGGCCAUUAGCAUCCAGGAAGAGGUGUACUCGAUGCCAGAGCUGGAGAGGCUGCAGUUUCAGGUUCUGGAGGAGAAUGCGACUCCUCCUGGUGAAGACAGUCGGUCUGCCGUGAGCCUGGCAGGAAGCACUGAAUCCAUUAAGCUGGACACAGGUCAGAAGGAGGAACAGCUCCUGGUGGAAGGAGGACUCAGCGAAAAAGCAGAAGAGCAGUUUUUUCUUGUGGAAGCGAGGCCGGGAGAGGAAGGAAGAGACGAGAUUGUUCUGACAAUUUCAAACUUCACCGUGGACGAACCAGAGACACAUCCUGCAGCGGGCGAAGCGCCUGUUGAAAAAGCCGACGAGACACACAGUCAGAAAAAGACAAAGGAAGUAAAGCGAACCUUCCAAUGCGACAUCUGCGUGUUCACCUCUUCUCGGAUGUCCAGUUUUAAUCGUCAUAUGAAAACGCACACCAGUGAAAAGCCCCACGUGUGUCACCUUUGCCUGAAAGCGUUCCGUACCGUUACUCUGCUUCGAAAUCACAUUAACACCCAUACAGGCACCAGGCCCUACAAGUGUGGUGACUGUGACAUGGCGUUUGUCACCAGCGGAGAGCUUGUUCGGCACAGACGUUAUAAACACACUCACGAGAAACCCUUUAAAUGUUCCAUGUGCAAAUACGCCAGUGUGGAAGCCAGUAAAUUGAAGCGCCACAUCCGUUCCCACACGGGAGAACGCCCCUUUCAGUGCCCACUGUGCAGCUACGCCAGCAAAGACACGUACAAGCUGAAACGCCACAUGAGGACACACUCAGGUGAGAAGCCCUACGAAUGCCACAUCUGCCACGCGCGCUUCACCCAGAGCGGGACCAUGAAAAUACACGUCCUGCAGAAGCACAGCGAGAACGUCCCCAAAUACCAGUGUCCGCACUGUGACACCAUCAUCGCGAGGAAGAGCGACCUGCGUGUCCAUUUACGCAACCUGCACACGUACAAAGCUGCCGAGAUGAAGUGCCGCUACUGUUCUGCCACCUUCCACGAGCGCUACGCUCUCAUUCAGCACCAGAAAACUCAUAAAAACGAGAAGAGGUUCAAGUGUGAACACUGCAGCUACGCCUGCAAGCAGGAACGUCACAUGACCGUUCAUGUCCGUACCCACACCGGAGAGAAGCCAUUUGCCUGCCUCUCCUGCGACAAAUGUUUCCGACAGAAGCAGCUUCUAAAUGUUCACCUCAAGAAGUACCACGAUACAAAUUUCAUCCCAACUGUUUACGAAUGCCCCAGGUGUGGCAAAGGCUUCUCCCGCUGGAAUAACAUGAAGAGACACUCAGAGAAGUGUGACUCGGAGCAGGAAAAGCCGGCCCCCUCGGAAAAAGGAAGAAGAGUGAAGAAGAGAAAGCCGGCCGUCCCGAAAGAGGCAGCCACGCAACACGAAGCCGCUGCCGAGGAAACCGCCCUGAUGAGCAGAGCGCCGUCCUUGGGCGGCCUGGUGCCCAUCGACCUCGGAGAAGCCGCGGCCGGCAGCGAGGACCUGGAUGAAGACCUGACGUGCGAGAUGAUCUUGGCCGUGAUGGAUAAAUGAUGCAGAGUCGGGCACGUUCUUCCAGCGCGGGGGGUCUCAAGGCGCAUAACAAGGGUUUAGCAGCAUCUCUGAAACGCUUAAGAGCGCGGCCGUGGGUGGUCGGAGUUUUUCCAGAGCUCGUGGUAGUGCCUAGAUUUGUUUGCCUGUUUUCAACUGGAUGUUCCAAAGCCAUUACAGGUACUUGAUAAAGGGCCCACAUAAAACCUCAAACCUAUGAAUUCAUUCGCUUGAUACUGGGAAGGCAGCCCAGGAUGAAUGAGCAGUGAUUUUUGGAGAAGAGUUAUUUAGGUUGCAGUGGAGACUUAGCCAUGCAGUGCUUGGGCAGGCAGUCAAAGCUGGGAAACUACAUGCUGGAUUGUACACACCCUGAUAUUUCUGGUAGUAUGAGUUUUAAACAUCAAAGUCUAAUUUUAUGUCCUUUUUUACAGAAAUGAAUUUCCCAUAAAAUUGAGCAUACCCUCAUACUUUCGAUUAGUUCUAAAUUCAGUGUAGAAGAAUGUUAAUGCUAGUUUAAAACAGUGUGUAGAAAAUGAGGAGUUAUUUCUUUACUUCGGGAGAUCCAGAGUAAGUCUCGCUUUUAGAUUUCCUAUAUUCUUUCUUAAUUAUGUCCUUUGGCAGCUCUGAAUCCCCCCAUCACAUUCCAUUACUGCUUAUUUGAUUAGAUCAGUUCAUCGCACUUUUAUUUUGCCAAAACAUCUUUGUUGAUAUUUUUUAAAUAAUUGGCAGAGUGAGAAGACACACAGCAGUGUGACAGCGACAUGCGUAUUUGUCAAGAAUUGGUGCUUUUUUAGGACACCCUAUAGUGAGUGUUUCUCUUUUCCCAACUGCGGAGAUUUUUCCACAGUCGAGCAGCCUAUGAAAUGCCUCUUGAGUACUUUCUUUGUCUCUCUUUUCGGCCACCCCUGCGGCAUGUGCAAGUUCUCGGGCCGGGGAUCCGACCUGAGCCGCAGCAGCGACCUACGUCACAGCUGCAGCAGUGCCAGAGCCUUAACCCACGGUGCCGGAGCGAGAACUCCCUCCUUAGGACUUAAAAUUAACUAGUUCCUGUCUUUAUAUCGAGUCAUCUUUUUCUUCGUUUCUUAGCUCCGCAGCUGCUUUGGCUGUGAACUCCCCUCCCCCAUGCAUCAAAAUCAUUCUUAGGUCCUCAAUUCCAAGUCCUCUGUUCAGCUUUAUUGCGAUAUCAUUGACAAAUAAAAUGGUAAGGUAUUUAAAAUCGAAAUUGUGAUGAUUUGCUGUGCAACUUGAUAAGCCUGUACCUUGUGGAAGAAUUUCUCCCAACUAGGGAACUAAAUUCAGGUUCCUAAAAUGCUGAUCUGCUGUUUAAAAAUACCCCAAGUUCAGAAACCUUGUAGAGCGUGAACAUAUGGAAGUAAUUUCCCAGCAGGAAAGGCAGUAUAUUCUUUUUAUGACAGUGAAUUAAUUGAAACUGCACAUCCCAUGGUGUGUUGUAUGCUGUAAUUGGGCCUAUUGGAACUUUUGUAACAGCUUCUUCUUCUUCUUUGACGGUUGUUGAAAGACGUUUUGCAAAACUCAAUAAAAUGAAAUGACUUCAAAGCA